AAACGUGAGGAGAGUGAUGCAGACAUGUGAUCCAAAAGAUCUGGCUGAAAACAAAAAAUUGGAAGCAGAGCUGACAGUAAAGUGAGUUUCCUUACACUAUGUCUUAUGUCCCAAACAAUGAAACAAUGAAUGUCUAUCUUUGACUUUCAAUUAUGUACAUCAGAUUUGAAAAAUGUGGCUUGUCUUAUAUGCCACUAUGCUUUCUUGAUCUAUUAAUCCCCAUGGCCUGUAUCCAAGCGGUAAAAAAACGAAAGUGAAUUUUUUUUUUGUAUAUGUUCUCACUCUUGUCUACUAACUCAGUACUUAUUUUUAAAACAGAUUAAUAUCAUGUGUGUAUUAGAUAAAGUGUUUGAAAACGGUGGAAUAUGGGUUGGUGAUCUUUCGACUCAAGACAACAUGUUACCUCUACUGACAGCCUUAACUUUCUGGUUCACAUCCAAGGUCCUCACCACAAGCCUGACAAAGAUUUUAUCCAGAAUCAAGGAACUCCCUUUGUAUUGCAUUUUCUUUCUUGUGUUCCAAGCUGCAUUUAAAUUAUAUUUCCCGGCAGUGUACUUUUACUUGAUCACAUAUAAGCUAUCUCCAUACACAUUACACCUGAUGUGUAGAUCCAAACAAAUAGCAAAGUUGAGCAAGACACUCGGGGUGCCAUAUGUUCCAGUAACGGCCUCUGAUCAGGAAAAGAUCAUGGCGAGCGUGAUAACUGUUAUGAAGGAGUUUAUUGAUGUGAGGAAAGACAAGAAAUGAAUCUUAUUUUGCUCGCCCACACGGCCUCUCUGCCGUUUUAGUCUUCAAAUAAAAGCUACUUGAAUACUCUUGUAUUCAUGUACAACUUAUGGCACCUGUUUUUAGUUUAUGAACUUAUCUCUUUGUGAAGACUAUAACUUUAAAACAUCAAUCUAUCUAGUUUUCCAUACAUGGUUCUUGUCUAUGCCAACACUCUUGCUUUUCAAUAUUUGUUUACUAAAAAGAUGGAGCACUAAAAGCUAGAAAAAAUACAUCCGUUUUAUUAUAAUAUAUGAUGUUUUUACAAUGUUUUU